UUCUAGAUAACUGGUCAGCAACUCACGUGUACUGUUUUCAAAUCGCCGGUGUGAAAUUGAAAGAUGCGGAAAAAGUAAUUUAAAUUCCGAGUAAUAAAUUAUAAAAAAUUUUCAUUUAUAUUAAUUAUAUACUUAAAAUAGACAAUUAAGUAAGAAUAUGGACGAUUUAGAUUCUGAUAAUAGUGAUUCCGAGUGGGAAGAAGAAGCAGAGACUAUGCAAAUGACCACGUUGUGUUUAUUUUGUGACGAAAAUGUCUCUCCAUCCGAAUUAUUUUUGCAUUGUUCGUCGUCUCACGAUUUUAAAUUGUCUUCUUUUUUGCUAAACUACGCAGCUGAUGCUAUUUCUUACAUCAAAUUUGUUAAUUAUGUUCGGCAGAUGAAACCAUCUCCUACAGAAUUGAAGAUAAUUCACUCCAAUGAAAUGUGGAAUGAUGAUAAAUACAUGAAACCAUUUAUGGAAGAUGAUGCACUUUUAAUGUUUGAUAUUGAGGACUAUCUUUCACGUGAUCAAAGUGAUAUAAAUGAAAAUGAAAUUGCACUAUCUGAAUUUAAAUAUAGAGAAUGUUUGGCAAAAGUCGAAUUACUGCAGCAACAAUUACAAGAGGCUACAGCAGAUAUUGAAAAAAUGAGGCAGAAAGCGCAAGUCUUCAUGUUAUCAUCUGAUUCGGGAGAUGCAAUAAAAAAAUAUUACGACGAUGAUGGUUACUUCUCUUCUUAUGCACAUUACAGUAUUCAUCAAGAAAUGUUACAGGAUACAUCAAGAACAGAAACUUACAGAAAUGCCAUUUUCUUGAACAAAGACAUGUUUGAAAAUAAAAUAGUAUUAGAUGUUGGUUGUGGAACUGCAAUACUUUCUAUGUUCUGUGCAUCUGCUGGAGCCAAGAAAGUCAUUGGAGUUGAUGAAUCUGAGAUAAUAUAUUGUGCCAUGGAUAUAGUUAAGGAAAAUAAAUUAGAUGAAAUUGUGCUACUUCAAAAAGGUCGACUCGAAGAAUUGACUUUACCUUUUGAAAAAGUAGAUAUAAUUGUAUCAGAGUGGAUGGGUUAUUUCUUAUUAUUUGAGAACAUGAUUGAAUCUGUGAUAUUUGCGAGAGACCAUUAUCUCUCUCCGGGCGGGUAUAUGUUUCCAAACAGGUGCACUAUUUCUUUAGCUGCAAUUAUUGAUAAUGAAAUGUAUGAAAAAUAUAUUAAUUAUUGGAACAAUGUUUAUGGCUUUAAAAUGUCAUGCAUUAAGGGUAAUGUCAUGAAGGAAGUGUUGAUAACUACUGUUUUAAAAGAGAAGAUCUGUAGUAAUCCUGUCAUUAUUAAGGAAUUUGAUAUGUCUACAUGUUGCGUUGAAGAUUGUGACUUUACGACACAGUUCAAUUUGGCAUUGACGAAAGACGGACAAAUUACUGCAAUUAUAGGUUACUUUGAUUGUUAUUUUGAUGAUCGCUUAACAAAUAAGUUUCAACUCUCUACUUCUCCAUUCUCUGAGCUAACCCAUUGGAAGCAAACUAUAUUUUUAUUGCCUUCACCUAUAAGUGCUCAAAAAGGAGAUUUCAUAUCGGGUAGAAUCAGUUGUCGGCGUGACAAGAAGGAACACCGAUCCAUGAUUAUCAUACUGGAAAUAGGGGAACAAAAGAAUACCUACAUCUUAAAUUAGAAAACUCCAAUUUUAUUGUUGCAACCAAUAUUUACAAAGUUACAAAAUAACAACAAUAAAAUAUUUAUACUGUUAUAAAACUGUAUAUUCAUUUUAUCACAAUAUAACAACAAUUAACAAACAUUCCAGUUACAACAUAAAAUAUUAAGUGUGUCUUGUAAAAGACAUUUGCCUCCUCCCCAUUUUUUUAAGAGUAUUUUGCUUAGGAUUAUCCUAAAUAAUCUCCAAUAUAUAAUUUGUGCAUUAAAGUGUAAUAUAAUUUCAAUAACAGACCAGGUAAACAUCUUAAUUAUAGACUGCCUUCAGUUAAGAACUUAUGCACUAUAUACAUGAUUAAGCAGAAGCUCGUCUUCUAGUUUAAUCAUGAUUAUUUGUACACAAUCAAAAAUACUUCUAAGGGAAGACUCUUUUAAAUUGAUAUUAUAAAAUGUAGAAUUUGAGCAUACUAACAAAGAAAAUGGAUUCUAAUUAUCCAUCAUUAUACAGCUAUAUUAAAGGUGAUCUAUUUAAGUUUUAGAUUAUACAGUGAUCAUCAUCAAUCUUAGUUCUAGAAUUGUAUAAUCAGAUUAACAAAAUUAUGACCAGAAU